CAGGGCUGCCGCAAUGCAGAGGGAGGAGAAGCAGCUUGAGGCAUCCUUAGAUGCACUGCUGAGUCAAGUGGCUGAUCUGAAGAACUCACUGGGGAGUUUCAUUUACAAGUUGGAGAACGAGUAUGACAGGCUGACCUGGCCCUCUGUCCUGGACAGCUUUGCCCUGCUCUCUGGACAGUUGAACACUCUGAACAAGGUCUUGAAGCAUGAAAAGACACCACUGUUCCGUAACCAGGUCAUCAUCCCUCUGGUGUUGUCCCCAGACCGAGAUGAAGAUCUCAUGCGGCAGACUGAAGGACGGGUGCCUGUUUUCAGCCAUGAGGUAGUCCCUGACCAUCUGAGAACCAAGCCUGACCCUGAGGUUGAAGAGCAGGAGAAGCAACUGACGACAGAUGCUGCCCGCAUUGGUGCCGAUGCGGCUCAGAAGCAGAUCCAGAGCUUGAACAAAAUGUGCUCAAAUCUUCUGGAGAAAAUCAGCAAAGAGGAGCGAGAAUCAGAGAGUGGAGGUCUUCGGCCGAACAAGCAGACCUUUAACCCUGCAGACACCAAUGCCUUGGUGGCAGCUGUUGCCUUUGGGAAGGGACUGUCUAAUUGGAGACCUUCAGGUAGCAGUGGCCCUGGCCAGCCAGGCCAGCCAGGAGCCGGGACAAUCCUUGCAGGAGCAUCAGGAUUACAGCAGGUGCAGAUGGCAGGAGCUCCAAGCCAGCAGCAGCCAAUGCUCAGUGGGGUGCAGAUGGCUCAAGCAGGUCAACCAGGGAAAAUGCCAAGUGGAAUAAAAACCAAUAUCAAGUCGGCUUCAAUGCAUCCCUACCAGCGGCCUUCGUGCCCAAGUUCCAUCAUGGCUAUCCCUCUAAGCUGCAGGUGAAGAGGCUUCUGGGCUGGGCCAAACUGUCCACCUACAGCUCUGGUGAAGCUCGGGCUUGCUCUGCUCUUCAUCCUCUGAGAAGCCAAUUCAGCUCUUACCUGGGAAAUAGGCACAAAGUCCCCUAUCCUUUACCCCACCCUGUACACAUGAAGGAUGAUGUCAAAGGGCUGAUAGGUGGGUGAUUUCUCAGGAUGUACCUCUGCCAGGUAGGACUGUAUAAAAAAGAGUUUUUCCCUACCACGUGAAAAAGCCCCUUCCCCUGGAUUGAUUUUUCUUAUUUUGGAGGGAGAGGGGCAUUGCAUUUCCCAUUGUCAUUGGGAUUUAGUUGUCCUCAUAAUAGUGGCUAGUUCCUGGACUCUAACCCGGAUGGCUUUUCUCCAUUCCACUAAGCCUGUGGCUCAAACAGGAGCUGGACUGAUGGUGGGAUGGGGCAGCCCCCAGGAGCUUUGCCUGCUUUUAUAAAGUUGAAGAACAGAGUGAGUUUGGACAUGCAGCCUAAGAUGCCUUUCUUAGCACUCGUUUGUGGGUAGGGGCAGGGGUUGAGUCAGCAGAAGUGGACCAAAGGAUUCCUCUGAAUAAGGUUAUUUAAGUUGAUGUUCACUG